AUGAGUUACGAUUCUUAUAGUACCCCAUUAUCUUCUAGAUACGCAUCAAAAGAGAUGUCCCAAAUCUUCUCCUUAAGAAAUAGAUUUUCAACUUGGAGAAAAUUAUGGUAUAACUUAGCCAUUGCUGAAAAGGAAGUUGGGUUAUCCAUUAUUAGUGAUGAAGCCAUUGAACAAAUGAAAAAUCAUUUGGAAAUCACUGAUGAAGAAAUCGAAGCUGCUUCCAAAGAAGAAGCUAUCGUUAGACAUGAUGUUAUGGCUCAUGUUCAUGUUUUUGGUAAUGUUUGUCCAAGUGCUUCUGGUAUUAUUCAUUUAGGUGCUACCAGUUGCUUCGUCACUGAUAAUGCUGAUCUUAUCUUUUUAAGAGAUGCUUAUGAUGUGAUUAUUCCAAAAUUAGUUAAUGUUAUUAAUAGAUUAAGUCAAUUUGCUUUGGAACAUAAAGAUUUACCUGUUUUAGGAUGGACUCAUUUCCAACCUGCUCAAUUAACUACCGUGGGUAAAAGAGCUACUUUAUGGAUUCAAGAAUUAUUAUGGGAUUUAAGAAAUAUGGAAAGAGCUAGAAAUGAUAUUGGAUUAAGAGGAGUUAAAGGUACAACUGGUACUCAAGCUUCAUUCUUAUCUUUAUUCCAUGGUGAUCAUGAUAAAGUUGAACAAUUAGAUCAAAGAGUGGUUGAAUUAUUAGGUUUUGAACAUGUUUAUCCUGUUACUGGUCAAACUUAUUCAAGAAAAAUCGAUAUUGAUGUUUUAUCUCCAUUAGCUUCAUUUGGUGCUACUGCUCAUAAAUUUGCUACUGAUAUUAGAUUAUUAGCCAAUUUAAAAGAAGUCGAAGAACCAUUUGAAAAAUCUCAAAUUGGUUCAUCUGCCAUGGCUUAUAAGAGAAAUCCAAUGAGAUGUGAAAGAGUUUGUUCAUUAGCUAGACAUUUAGGUGGUUUAUUCAGUGAUGCUGUUCAAACUGCUUCUGUUCAAUGGUUUGAAAGAACUUUAGAUGAUUCUGCCAUUAGAAGAAUCUCUUUACCUUCUGCCUUUUUAACUGCUGAUAUUUUAUUAUCUACCAUGCAAAAUAUUACAAGUGGAUUAGUUGUAUAUCCAAAAGUUAUUGAAAGAAGAAUUAAUUCUGAAUUACCAUUCAUGGCAACUGAAAAUAUCAUUAUGGCCAUGGUUGAAAAAGGUGGUUCAAGACAAGAUUGUCAUGAAGAAAUUAGAGUAUUAAGUCAUCAAGCUUCAGCUGUUGUAAAACAAGAAGGUGGAGAUAAUGAUUUAAUUGAAAGAGUUAAAAAUACUGAAUAUUUCAAACCUAUAUGGGGAGAAUUAGAUCAAUUAUUAGAUCCAAAAACUUUUGUAGGUAGAGCUCCUCAACAAACUGAAAAAUUCAUUAAAAAUGAUGUAGCAAAGGCUUUAGAACCUUUUAAACAACAUAUUAAUGAUGAAACUGUUUCAUUAAGUGUUUAG